GGUGGUGGUCAAGUUAGUGAAAUUAGUUUGUGUAAUAUUUAAAGGAGUAUCGUGACUUGUAUGUAUCACUGCGAGAGGGGAGAAGGUUAUGGACCCUUUUUCAUAAAACUUGAACAACCCAGUUAUGAGUUCUUUACCACCAAUAAGAGAAGACCGGAUCAUCCAGGAGCUCCCACUGUAUUUCAGAAGAGAUGCUGCAGUGCACACAAAAGCGAACUUCCAUGUUACUGUGCAAAAUGCGUGUCAGAAGCCUAACUCACUGAGAUUCACCGUAGCCAAGGUCAUAGUUGUGGGUGACGUCUCUGUGGGGAAAACAAGUUUGAUCAGCAGGUUUUGCAGGAACACUUAUGAGAAAAGCUACAAAGCCACCAUCGGAGUGGACUUUGAGAUGGAGAGGUUUGAAAUCCUGGGAGUGCCCUUUAAUCUGCAGCUGUGGGACACUGCAGGUCAGGAGCGGUUUAAAUGUGUUGCUUCCACCUAUUAUAGAGGAGCUCAAGCAAUAAUAGUGGUGUUUGACUUGAGCAACUACUAUUCCCUGGCCCAUGCAAGGCAGUGGCUUGAAGAUGCCAUGGUAGACAACGAUCCUUCCAGUGUGCUGCUCUUCCUUGUAGGGACGAAGAAAGACCUGAGUCAUCCAGACACGUUGGCUCAAGUGGAACAAGAAGCAAUUAGGUUAUCAGAGGAGAUAAGAGCCGAAUAUUGGGCCGUGUCUGCUCUAUCAGGAGAGUUUGUGAUGGAAUUCUUUCUUCGGGUUGCAUCGCUGACCUUUGAGGCAUGUGUAUUAGCUGAGCUGGAGAGGAACAAAAAUAAAGACGAUGAUGGUAUUGUUAGAAUCACUGAUAGUGAUUACAAAACCAAGAAGAAGCCUUCAAACUGCUGUAACUAAGUGAACAGAGGAACAGGACCCUGUGUGUGCAGGAACGUCUCCAGACAGACACAGAGCAACAGUGUGGCAGACCGUGGCAUCAGACGCAAUCUUCUGAACUGCAUGACUCUGAGCUGCUAAUCCUGAAGCUGCACACUAUGAGCAGAGUUUUGAGUGCUCUUUUCCGCAGUAAAGGACUCUUGCCAAGAAGGUCACCUACAAUAUUUUGCUGAAUGUUGCCACAGUGCUGUUCAGGGACAUAGAAAUUUUAAGUUGCUUUAUUUAAUAUAAAGAAAACUCAU